AUGUAAGAAAUAGAGGCAAAAAAGUAAUUAAAAGCAAGUGAAGGGGCACAUUUUUUUUAUACUUUAAUAUUCCUAUCAGCAUCAGGAAUUAUUGAGACUUAAUUUAUUGAAUAAAAAUGCAAUUAAAAUCUUCAGUUAUUUGUACAUUUAGUUUUCUAUGGAUUAAUCAUCUGGGGAACUUAUAUACUUAUUACUUUAAUUCCAAGGUAAUAUAUUUAAAUUAAUAUAGAUAUAAAAAUGCUGCAAUUAAUCUAUUUUUUAAUUUUUUGGAUAUUUGUUUUGGCAUUUAUAUAAUUUUGCUAUUAAUUUAUGGAGGAAGAAUGUAUUAAACACCUAAUGAUUGCCAAAUAGAAGCUCCAGUAUUGUUUUUCUUCUUAGAAAUCUUUUUAUUGGUAUUUAGUUUUAGGAAAUAUAUUAGGUUAAUGGUAUCAUUUAUGCAAUUUUGUUCUUAGCAUUUAUUUCAUAUAUUCUUAAGAGAUUUUCUAAAUCUUAAUAAGUUUAUGAUGAAAACAAAGAUGAAUUUUAUGAUGCUUGA